AACCACUGAACUUCUGGAUCUCCGUGGCCAUGGCGGGCGUGCGGAGACAGCUUCUGUCCAUUGGUGAAGAUGAAGAGGAAGAGCCGAUGUUCAAAGUGAAGAAGAGUCGCUUGAGCAGACAGAUGGCGGCAACCAAGGCCCCAGCGGAUUUGCCGUCGAGCUUCCAGAAGAAGAGCAAAGAAGCCAAACAGGACCGGCCCGAUCCCCGGAAGAGUCGCCGAGAUCGCCGUUGUGGUGCCGAGGUCGACAAGGUCGACGUCAGCGAGAUUGGUGACGUGGCAGAAGCCACUGAACCGUUGACAGAGCCGGCCGAGGGCUUUGACGAUGCCAAGGACAUGGAGGACGUCGAAACCUCCGCCGUCCAAGCCGCACGGCUGGCGCGUGCCCAGCGGCAAGCAGCCCGCGAUGCGCCUCGAGGGGCGGUGCCACAAGGCGACAGUCGCGCGCGGAUCAAGGCUUUGGCAGCGGCAGCCCAGCGGGAGCUGAAUGACGAGGAGCCUGAAGAUCUGGCUGAAGCCUGGGCCUUGCGACAGUUGGAAGUGGGUCUUCAUCGUCGUCGAACGGGGCAACAGGCGCCUGUGGUAGACAUGAAUCUCGAUGAGGAGAUCGCCCAGCUCGACGGUCGUGCGCCCGCCGUUCGCCGCGACGGCGUGGCGCAGGUGCAGAAGGCCGCGGAGCGCGUAGCCAAGGGCCACGACGGGGCGAAGGCGGUGCGGAAGGAGGAAAGUGUCUUGUGGGCGCCCAGCGAAGCCAUGGCGAAGCUGUGGGAGACCAUGAAGACCUUGGAAGGCUCAGCUGAAAACCGUGACGCCAAAAUCGAGGAGUUGAAGUCCCAGCGGGACGCAGCGCAAGAUGAGCUCCGAGAGAUCGAACGUCAGGACAAGCAGACUGCUCGCUCCUUGCGAUGCGUGCGAGAGUUGGAGGAGAUCGCGUGGAGCCUGGGCGGGUUGUUGGAUGAAAAGUCUGCAAAAUGCAAACAGGCCAGCACCAUGCUGUCCCAGAUCGAGGAGGACUUCGUGAAGCGCCGCCUGCGACGGAGGGUGAAGGAUUUGACCCAGGUGUUGCAAGCAGCUGGUGCAUCUUUGACACGGCCACUGGAGGCUGGAAGUGAUGACAAGGAUGAGCAAGACACCGAAGCGGCCGAGGCGGCGCGCAGCGCGACGCAGCGCUCCGUGGCGCGGCGCUUGGAACGGCGGAAGUCGCGAGCGAAGCAGGAAACUGAUGGCUGGGACACAUCAGAUCACAGCGAAGAGGAUGGCUUGGAACAAACGGCCAAAGACCGACGCAGCUUUUGCGCAGCGGUGCAUCGACAGUUGCUGGAGGACGUCUCCGAGGAGUUUGCCAGUGCAAGCGCGGUGCUGAAGGCUCUGAAGUCUGCGAAGCAGAAGCUGCAGGAUGAGUACCGGCAGGCCUUUGUGCAUCUCUCCCUACCGGAGGUCUUUAGUUUUUUCGUGGAGCAUUCCACCUUCUGGUGGGACCCCUUGAGCCUUGUGACCGACGCUGGCGGCGCCUCGGCCGCCUUGUGGGGCCCCAGGAAGGCCAUGACUUCCACGCAGCUCGAGGCCUUCGACUGGUUCGAGGAAAUGGCCUCCUUCACCGAGCUCAUGGGGGAUGAUGAUCCCGACACCGAGUUGGUGCCCAAAAUGUCCAGAAGUGCAUCUUCCCGGAAGUGGCACGAAGACUGCGAAGCUGCUGGGAUCCCACCAGCCUAACGCAGACCACACGCGCGGCGGCCUUGCUGGAUGAAUGUUUGCUGUUCGAGGUGGGCGAAGACGGCGCCUUCAACGAGCUGCUGCUGGCGGCGCUGGAGCGGCUGCGUCACGCGCUGCAGCACUUUGCGCCGGAG